AUGGCUUGCACGCAUGAGAAAAAUGAGGUGUUAGAAGAUGGAAAGCGCUACAAGCAACUAAACGACCCUUAUGAGAUAAUUGCACGUGUUAUAUAUGUUCUCACGUCAACUGAACUCGUGACGGUUCACUUUGGUAGUGUAACGGAACUUAACUUAACAUCACGUGACUCAAUACUGAGAACAUCCAAUUAUUCCCUGAAAGCACCACACAAACACUUGCAUGCCCGUGAUGGAAUGGUCCCAUACUCCCAUGGUAUUGCUAAUCAGCCAGCACACACUUUGUCACGGGACUUCUCUAUGCCACGUUCACUCUCUCUAUAUAAUCAGCCUUGUAGUUCCACUCUCAUUACAAUGCAGUGGAAGAGUGAAUCAGAUUGA